AUGUUAAAGAAAGUGCAAAUCCUCAUUCUGCUGAUUAUCGGUGUAAAUAUAGGCAUAAUACCAGUACACUCUGUAAAAAUGAAGAGUCUUCAUGUAAAAUUUAAUGAAAGUUUGCAUAACUGCUUUAACAAAAUUACAAGUUCCAAUUCCAGACAUCACAAAAGGAACAAUGUAUAUGCAUAUUUAAAACAUCCCUACUUGCAUAUUCAUCAAAGAAAAAUUAAUUAUUUAAAAAACACCAAUUGUAUAUACUCCAAAUAUUACAAUAAUGAGCCUGUAUACAAUACAUACAAUCCCAUUUUAAAUUAUGACGUCCUUGAUGUAAUAAAAGUGUAUGGAAGAUUUGCUGAACACGGAUACUAUGAAUCACUUAACAUUAUUAUUGACAUAAAAGAUGAUGAGGGAAUUGCUGGAGAAAAGACUUAUGGUAUGACGAACGAGGGUAAAGAUACAGAAGGAAAAGAAAAUGGAAUAAGCGAUAGGGGAAAUGAAAAUGAAAAUCGACUAAGCAAUGACGGAACUGAAAAUGAAAAUCGACUAAGCAAUGGUGGAAAAGAAAAGAAUCGUAGUGAGGAAAAUAAAAAAGGAAAUAAUAACUGGAUAGACAAGUUCUUUACACUUAUAAGAUUUAAAGAUAAAAAUGAACGCAAGGAGAUAUACUGGUAUAGGUAUUUUUUAAAAUAUGGGAAAAUGAAUUUUACAGAUUUUAAAAAACAUUUAUUACACUUAAAAUUUAAAUGGCCAAAAGAUUCCCUAUUUCCAACAUAUAACAUUUUUUUAUUCGAAAAAGGAUUAAGCAAAAAUGUAGACUCUCCACAUAUACGUACAAAGGUUGAAAAUUACAUUCAACAUCAAGAAAUAAAUGAAAAUUUAUUGAAAACUUGUUUUUAUUGUUUUUCACAAGGUAAAGAAUAUAUAACUGCUCAAGAUAUAUUAAAAACUUUUAUUGGAUGGAGAAAAUAUGAUAAAAAUAAGCACAAGGAAGAGGGUUCAAAAUUUUGGUCUUUUUUUAGCAAGGGGAGUAGGAAGCCAGAUUCAAUAGAUUGGUUCAUGUUCAAAAAUAAAAUUGAUUCUUGUACAAUUCGAAUGCACCAGGAGAAGAAAUAG